AGGGGGCGCGCCGGGGGCCGGGCCGGGGCUGCGCCGCCCGCUAAUGAAACACAGCACGCCCCAAACGUGAACUCUUCCCCGUCCCGUGCCAGACGCUCGCUCGCGUCCCGCUUGCGAUGCCGGCUGCUCCCGGUGCAGCUGUUGUGGCAGCGCUCGGCACGGGGCGGGGGCGGCGGAGCAGCGCGCUCGGUGUGUGACAGCCAGAGCCGCCGGAUCGCUCCGCCCGCCGCAGGACCCUGGACUACAACCCGGAGCCUGCCGGGAGGAAGCGCAGGGACGCACCGCAGGAAGCGGGCACGGCGGCGCCGCUGUAGCGCUGCCGCGGUCCCGCACGGCCGCCCCUGAGUCACCGGAGCGGCUUGUGCGGGGCCGAGCGGCGGGGCUGGGCCGGUACCUCCUCCGGCCUGCUCUGCCGUGCUGCCCGUGACCCCUGGGAAGCACAGCCCGGCCGGAGGAAGCGGCGAGAGCGGCGCCUGCGGAACGUGAGCGGAGCUGUGGGCGAGGGGCGACGAGCGGGGCGUGCGGUGCGGGCGGUGCUGCCGCUGCCUAUCGCUGCCUCUUAACAGCGCCCCAGCUACUACGGGAGCUGUUAAGAGGUGCUGCCCGCCAAGGGAGGGGACCCCCUUCGAGAACUCUUUUUCUUGGAACGAGGAUUAAAAUACUGAUUCAAAGAUCACAAACACCUGCCCUGUAAAAAGAAGCCAGAAAAACAAUCCUACGUGGCAACAAUGAGAGCUUUUGAGAAGGAACCUUCUCUCCUUUUUGCUUCCCAGUUAAGGUAGAGCUCCUGCAAUGCUGAAAACACUGAAUUUCAGUACAAAUUUGCUUUCUACUUUCAACUGGAUAGACUUGGUGAGGUGUUUUCACUUCUGUAAGCUUCCAGGAAGAGUUAUGGGAAUCCGCCUACUGCGCUUCACCUCUGUGGUGAUCAUCGUCUUGCUUCUUGUGGCAGGUGCUUUAACAGCUUUGCUUCCCACUAUCAAAGAUGACAAAUUGCCCAACUCGAGAAGGGAACCAAAAACCCAGACUCAGUCUGCCCUGGAUUCAUUUACUCUUAUUAUGCAGACAUACAAUAGAACUGACUUACUGCUAAAGCUUUUAAAUCAUUAUCAAGCAAUCCCACACCUACAUAAAGUAAUUGUUGUGUGGAACAACAUUGGUGAGAAGACACCAGAGGAAAUGUGGAAUUCCUUGGGGCCUCAUCCUGUCCCUGUUGUCUUUAAAGUUCAAACUGUAAAUCGGAUGAGAAACAGACUACAGAAUUUCCCUGACCUGGAAACAAAAGCUGUUUUAAUGAUGGAUGAUGACACACUAGUCAGUGCUCAUGACCUUGCUUUUGCCUUUUCCGUUUGGCAGCAAUUUCCAGAGCAUAUAGUGGGAUUUGUUCCUAGAAAGCACAUUUCUACUCCUUCAGGCGUAUACAGUUAUGGCAGCUUUGAACUGCAAAACCCUGGAUUUGGGAAUGGAGAUCAGUAUUCUAUGGUGCUUAUUGGUGCAGCAUUUUUUCACAGUGGGUAUUUAGAAGACUUUCAACAGCAGCCAGAAGCAGUUUACGCCUUAAUAGAUGAAACUCAAAACUGUGAUGAUAUUGCCAUGAAUUUUCUGGUAGCCAAACAUACUGGAAAGCCUUCAGGAGUGUUUGUGAAGCCUGUUGACAUAAGAAAUUUAGAAAAAGACACUAACAGUGGCUAUUCUGGAAUGUGGCACCGAGCAGAGCAUUUGUUACAGAGAUCCUACUGUGUAAAUAAACUCGUUAAUAUUUAUGAUGGCAUGCCCUUAAAAUAUUCUAAUAUCAUGAUUUCUCAGUUUGGUUUUCCUAAUUAUGCCAAUCACAAAAAUAAAAUGUAAGCCAACAAAUUUAAGGUGUUAAAUGUUAAACAGUACUCAGUGAAUUGUACUGAGUUCAAGGAGAGAAGAAGGUGUAAUUACUGCAUCUUGACCAUCCUUCUUUGUAGCCUCUGAUUUUGUCUCCACUAAGCUUUUUAUGUAUUUUCUUUCAUUUCUAACUAAUUCACAAAGGUAAGUUUUGAGAAAACUUAAAGAAUAUAUAAUAAUGCUUAGCUGUGAUAAAAUCAUCCUCUUUCCUUAAAACCUGAAAAGCUACUCUAAUUAAUUAGGUCAGUUCUUCAGAAACAUGCAGACAAGAAUGCAUUCCUAUUCUUCAGAGCUUAACAUUUGGAUUUUUUCCCCCUGAAUAUACAUAUCCAGUGAAAUAAGGUCUAGGCAUAUUUGUGACAGUUAUAUUUUGAGAUGCUUCCUUGCCUUCCCACUCCUCACCUGCUCCUACCCAGUUUCCAGUGAAGCUGUAGAAGAGCUACAGUGAACUGCUGGCCAGGCUUCUGGCCUCUGUACAAAACCCUCUUGAAGUUUGUAUAUAAGCUACUUGGUGUUCUGAGAUGUUCUUGAAGCUGCUAUGAAAGCCAGAAAAGUACCUCACCUUAAUCUCAGAUAGUACUUAAACCAUUGCCUACAAUAUCUACUCCUGCUCGGUUAAUGGAAAAUUAUCUGAUGUGGCUUUUUUUUUUUCUAUUAUUGAUUUGCCUGGAGUUGCUGAAACACUGCAAGCAGCUGAAGGGUAAAUCCUAGAGGCUGGAAAUAUAAGAAACAUGAAUACAUGAAAUAUGAAACUUAUAUAAGCAGCCAGAAGAAGAGGAUGGAAUAUUACUUAUUAAUAUUCUCUUUAGUACUUAGUUUUAUUUUGAUAUUUUGCAUAUAUGUUGUUACAAAUAUGCACCCAGGAAAAUCCUCAAUUAGUUAAAAAUGUCUUAUUUACAGUUCCUAGUAAGAGCAGGGUGUUCAACAUUUAUUACACUGUACAUUUUGUAAUUUUACACGUCUACUGGUUUUUUAGCUUCUCUUUCAAUGAGUAUUUACUUUUUAGUUCCUUUUUUCCUCUGUUUUGCUGGCUAUGACAACAGAGUUGAAAUGUACAAUAAAUGGGUAAAGCAUUCUGAAAAAAAAGUAUUUUAAGGUACAGUGGUGUUUGACAGGGAUGGACUAUUAUCAGUCUCUGAAUUCCCUGACAUUAUUUAUAGCAAGAAACAGAGCUGCUGUUAAUGGCUUUUGUUGGAUUGGGACUCUGUAAUUCUGGAAACCUUCUAUUGACAUAGACAGGGCAAACCUUUUCCAAUGAAGCUGCACAAGGACAAGGGUUGGGCUUUUUUUUUUUUUUUUUUUGGGGUGUGGAGUGACACACAGUGGUUUUCCUGGGUCACAGAAUCAGAUUUGGCAUCCAAAGCAGAUUUAGUUUCAUCUGCAUCAGCUUUUAAUUGAUUCUUAGAAUCAGUUCAAAGGUAGCUGUGGGCAGCCAGUCACAGCUAAUACCUAGUACACAAAUAGCAUCUGCACAAAUGGUAUAUAAUUCUGUCAUUUUUUGUAAGAAGUUAGCUGAACAAAGAGUGAAAAAUAUGACAAGUUCUUUACAGCAGGGUGUGAGUCUUUGGGGGGAAUGAAGCACUCUUUUGCCUUGUUCUACCAGUAUUAAAGGAUUUGAUUUUUGUUCAGUGAAGUCUUCCCAGUACUUUUGUAAGAUUUAAAGGGCAGAAUCUUAACAUGGCAAUGUAAAGUCUGCUUAAUUUUGUUGUAAUAGUGAAAAGCAGUUUUUAAUUAUUGUGCUGUAGUGCUAAGUAGUAUACAGGUCUAUGAUCUUUCCAGAAAUGCAAAUUUCUAUGAUUUCUGUGCAGUAUCAACUAGAGUUGUGAAGACUCACAGUUGUUGUUAACCUUAUUUCUGAAAUGUGAAAUGAACUGUCAAUUCAGCCAAACCUUAGUAUUGGGCUCUUUGUUGGAGUGAAGAAGUUGUUUUGUCUUCUGAAUCAGUGAAAGAAUUAACAGAACAAGCUUUUAAUGAUACUGUUAAAUUUAAUUUGCACCAUUGUAAAAUAAAAUACAGAAAGCAGA